AUUCAAUCGGGCUCGGUGUGCAUGAAAUUCACAAAAGCUAACAAAAAUACAAACUCAUCAUGCCGAGAGACGUUGGUGCUUAUUUAUCAGAACAACAGAGGAAAACAUCGGGAGAAGUAGCAUCAGAAUGGGGCCAAAUCGAAGAACUUUACAACAAAAAAUUAUGGCAUCAACUCACAUUGAAGCUUCUCAAUUUUGUGAAGAAUCCCAUAUUUUCAAAGGGAGAUGGUCUCAUCAAGAUGUAUGAAAACUUCAUUGCAGAUUUUGAACACAGAAUCAACCUGCUAGCUUUGGCUGAAUUAACUGUAUAUAUAGUCAAACAGAUGACAGAUGCUGAUGCAGCUGUGUCAUUUAUUGAGAAAAUAAAAGUAAAAGCCAGCGAGGAAGCCAAGAUACUGUGUCUACAUGUAACAACAAUGGGAACAAUAGAACUGAGAACACGUGACUUACCUGCAAAAGAGUUAAUAGUGAACUUCACGUUUAUGAUUAAGACUGAUUAA